AUGCGAGGUGCUGCGUUAAGCGACAUGCGAUUGAGGUCCCAUAGUGUAUUAGACGGUGCUGUUUACGGGCAGACAAUGAAUGAGCAGAUGAUGCUUAUGAUAUUCCUUUGGUUCCUUCCGAAUGCGAAAGCGAGCACGAACCAGACCUCGAGUCAGCUCGAGGUGGAGGAUUCCGGGCUGAGAAACGGCUGCACGGUGACGGGAAGCCAACUCCAAUGCCAGGGAAUGGUUCAGCUCCCGGCCAACCUCUCGCUUCUGGGCAUUACUGACUGGGUAAUGGAGGGAACGAUGGAGACGGCCGUGACGGAAAAACUCCUGGAUCCAGUGAAGAUAACCAUCAAGAAACUCUACAUCCACCACGCGCCUCGCCUUCAGAACAUCUCGGAGGGAACCUUCCAGCUCUUCCUGCCGGCGCUUCGCUUUCUACGUAUUACAAACACGGCCGUGGAUCAGCUUCCCAAAUUCCUCCUGGGGUCAUCGGAAGGAAUCCUUAACACCAUAAACCUGGAAUACAACCAGAUCCAGGAAAUUGAAAGCGGGACGUUCCAGGUGAAGACCGAUGAACUGCUCUUGGGCCACAACAGGAUCACGUCGGUGCAUGCGAAUGCCUUCGAGGGAUCCUCGUUCGGCACCCUGUGA